AAGGUAUUGAAAGAUAGAGAGAAAGCUGCACUGAGGCUACAAAGGUGUUUAUGAGAGGAUGGUCCUGGAUAUUGUAAAGGAGAAAUGCGAAUGCAAUCGAAAAAAUCGACCCUUAAUAUAAUAAACGCCUCGAGGCAUACGAAGACAUAUUUUGAAUAUCCGCGGAGACGAACAACGCUGACGACAGCAAUCGAAGGAAUCUUUUAAGAGAGGGAAAACAAAGGGAAAAUCGUUGUUUUAGUGGCAGGGAAUGGGCGAUCACGUGAAUCAUGUUCGGUUGCCGGCCCGCACUGCCCUCCACAGUUUGAACUUGAUCUAUUGCCACUGCGACGCCCGUCUUUCUCUCGACGGCCCUACACAGCAAGAAACUGUAGAGGAAACGUUGCUAUGUUGCCCUUUAACUCUUCAAUCUCGUCCGCUGCGGAAUGGCCCUCUGAGAUAAAGGACUUGGCGUGUUUGCUUGAUUCUCCAAUCCCCUCACAACUUGUCAACGGUCCAUGCCCAGUCAUCUCUUCGCGCGCUUCUCCUGUACUAGAAGAGCUCAGAAAUUCCCUUGCAGAUUCACCAGAACAACUCACAGAUUCAACUUCGGAAGUACUGGAUAUUCUGGAUUUGCUGCUUUCAACUGUUCGCACGCUCAGAGCACUCUCCGAGGAUGAUAUGAAGCAGUCAACGAUACCCUUUUGGUCUCUACUGAUUCGUUCUCUGGCACUUGUCUGUUACGAUAAGUCGUAUGCAAUGCAAGAAGCAGCUUUCGUUAGACCCCGGUUGUCAUACGCGCGAAGCUUUAUGGAGGACGGUCAUGCUUCAUUGCUGAUAUCUCAUCUCGUUGAAGAUAUCCAACAACCAAGGCCAGUCGUGGAUGAUAAAGCUUCGGGGCGGCCGUCCAUCAUCACAGUGGAGCGCUCGAACGAAGAGUCGCGGGAGGAAUAUGACUCAGAAACAUCAUAUGGUGACGAGUCGUUAUCGAAUAGCACCACUAGCUAUGAACGCACAGAGCCCUCAACGGAUCCGACGUCUGCUCAGUCAUCCCACGUUCCUCUAGAUGCCCACAUCCUCGCUUAUUGGAAACAUCCGAACUCCGUUGUUCUUCCGUACCUUUGUGUGACCGAUGAGGAAGACAUAUUCAGCCUAAUGUGCGGUGUUGUUUAUCAGCGGGCCACUUGGGGAAUUUCUGCACCUGUAAUUGGAAUUAUCCUGUCAAACACAGGAUUCGUUGGCCACGUAGUGCUGGGUUGGCUUGACAAAGAGCGCACCGACCCUGACGUUCUACCGGAAGUUCGAUUUGCGUAUGGAGAUGAGACGCGUACAGACGCGUCGUUGGGAGUGUACGAUCUCACUGAUCCAGUUAGUGCUCUUAAAUUUGGGCAAUUUAUUAUCAGUCUCCGCGCGCAUGUCGAGGGAAUCGUGACCCAGUGCCAGACACCGGCAUUCAAACGAAUUUCGUGGAGAUCAGAUACUAUCGAUGAUGACAAUUGCGGGUCCGAAGAACAAUGGAGACAAAGGAUCGUUAGUUGGCUUAAAACGGUUGAAAGAUGCUGCGCGGACCACAGAGAACCCCCCGAACCUUCCUCCACUAACUGCUGCUCAUCCACCAUGGCUGACCCCGAACGGCGUGCGACACGGACCUCGUCAAAGUCCAGAUCUGCGCCUCGUCCGAGGCGCUCUAUGUCUGCGGACAGUAAACGUAAACCUCACCCAGCGGAGGAUGUCGGUCUCCCACACACUCAGGAACCUUCCCUCGGAGUUGCAGGUUCGAAGACUCCGUCGGAUAGAGCGUCUGCUCAGCCUGCAGAACGUGGACGGCAAGAAGCAAGUACAGACGGUGGAUCAUCCAAUAAAGGAAAGACCGAUAAACGAUCAAAGAGUGCGGAUGCGUUGUCUUGUUCAGCGUUGGGUGCAAAGUCCUUGGCUGGGAUAUCCCCUACUGCCAAGCUGUCUUUCUCCAGUUAUGCCCACGACCGCAAAAUCGUCAGUUUAAGCAACAUACCGAUAGGGCCAGGUGCAACUGGAAAGGGCAUCGAUGCUCGUGUUCAUGGAGAAAUUGACGAGAUGCUGAAAAUCUAUGAGGACAUGACGAUGUAUAUGAAGCCACCUAUCAAACAGAACGAAUUACCUGUCGUUGACAAGGGGGUUAAAGAAGUUCUAGAUCACUUUCUCAUGCAAGUAGGUGCAUGCCAUGGCGAUAAAAACACUCCCGAGCUUCCGCACCUCUUUUGGGAGGUCGUUUUGGGCCGAUUCUCGUCCAUUCUGUGGGCAUCGGUCGGUGGAUACUCGAAGGAACUCGCUGGUAAAUCACCCAACGAAGCUGAAGCCCGUCAUGACUGGGAUGCCCUUCUGAAUUUCGGAUCUAUGACUGCCCAUGAGCUCGCUUCCGGGAGAGUAGUGCUCGAAAGAGCAAUGUUACUCUCUCGUAAUAUUGCCGCGGAUACGAUGAAGGCCUCCCCUAACUCUGAUGGCGCCGAAUUCAAGACUUUUGCGGCACAGAUACAUAAGAUUUCCCUGGCCGCAGAUGAUGCUGCAUCUAUCUCUCACUCUGACCUUACAUCCGACGACCUUCUCGUUCAGUCAGCAGAUUUUAUUGCUGUGGCUGCUCAACAUUUAUCGGCCGUCAGAUCCCUUUUUCGCAAUAUCAAAACAGCAAGGAAUGCCAUUCUCAAACGUGCCGGCGAUGAACCGGAGGUGGGUAUCGUUGAUGCGAUCCUCACAGUACCGUUAGAACCCAAGCAGCCCAUUCCGGAGCCGUUGAUCCGUGUGGCGGAGACCCGUCAAACGCUCCAGGCUAGUACCAAGACGCUCAGUGCUGACAACAUAGCUGAGCCAGAGGAAGAGGUUGUCGUAACUGAGGAACACAGCCCAACAUCCAGAUCUUCCCGUCCAGGUUCAAAACAUACGUGGUCGGCAAAGAGCCGAAGCCAGCUUGGGUCGAUUGCAGAGGAUCGGGGAGGUGUUGGUCAGGCGCCUCAGCAGCGGAAGAAAGGAAAGAAGGCUGCUGGCGUGAACGAAAACAAUCGAGGCAAAUCAGAUUGGUUCCACCCUUUUGCGGUGACAUGCUCCGAGACCAAAUCAGCGCCCAAGAUGGUAUUCCCUCCCGAUAUGGUGAUGAACGCCAAGGAGCUCCUCACCAAGCUUUUGUUGGCUGUUCUUGUCGUCGAGUACAAGAAACCGACUCAGACUUAUGCGAAGGCCUUUGUGCAAGCAAAAAUGUACCUGGAAGCUUCGGUUAGGUAUCUCGCAAGUCUGGGGGUCACCAAAAAAGCCGUUUUCGCCCUGGCUACAGAUGGUGUCGAAGGGGCUAUUCUCAUGGCGUGGUGUUCUAGCGACUCGGAGAGCGUCUAUAUUGUGGAGCGCAACGUGCGGACAUUCAAUAUCUCCUCGCCCAUUGAGGUCUACCAUUUCGUGACGGUUCUUUUGCGUCUACGAGAAUACGGCGAUACGACGCUGAAGGACGCGGUCGAAAAGGCGUUGAAGGCUGAAAAUUUCAAACAAACUAGCUGGAACAAAACGGAACAAUUCAAUAGAAUGGAACAAGGUUAAUUGGGUUUAAUUCUUCUUUGACUAAUGUGUGCACAUGCUUUCUACAUGCUAUCGAAACGCUCCGCUAUAUAUUUUAUAUUUGUUUUGCGUAAUUUUAUCAUGCGUCGGGUAUAAUGCCCGUUUAUCCCGUCUCUUCUAUCUAAAGUAACACAUUUGAGU